UAUAACAGUGCAGCAGAAUGGUUCGCUCUGGUCUCCUCAAUCUGAUACUUUUCUCCGUGUGUGGAGUCGUAAUGGCUCGAACUUUUGUACCAGAGCCAGUGUUCAAUGUACCACCGACAAUAUGUCAUAAGGUUGACACAAGUGAAUCCAGCGCUGUGUGCGGUAUCAUUGCCCGCACGGUGACGUAUCACUGUUGCGGUGGAGACGUAAAGAGAGUAUCGGAUUUAUGCUACAAUAUGACAAAGACGGAAGAUGUACUGGUGGAUGUUCCGCUAUGCUGUGAGAACGGUGGAACAAAAAUUCAAUCUCUACAGCAGGUUGCGAGCGGUGAUCAGCUGGACGACGGUGAGUCAGAGGCAAUAGAUGAACUUGUGCAAGAAGAGUGCGCAUGCCCACCAGAAUUCACUGGACGCUGUUGUCAAAAACGAAAAGAAAUACCGGACUGUCCUUACAAUCCACGGGAACCUCCAGUACACUUAUGGAAUCCUUUUUCAGACGGCUGUACUGAUGACCAAGACUGUCAGGGAAACAAAACAUGUUGUAGAAACUAUUUCGAUAAUUUUCCUGUGUGUAUAGAUCCGGAACCGGAAGAUCCUUGUAAGGGGGUAGACUGUGGACCGAAACGCGCAUGCAAGCCUUCUGAAAUCGGUCACCAUUUCGUCUCACCGUAUCUACACAGUGUUGCAUUUGAAUGUGGUCCUUUAGAGAGACCGGGUAUGUGUCCCCCAUUGUACGACAAUAUUGCAGCGAUUUGCAGUAAUGAUCCAAACCCUUGUCGCAACGAUUCGCGGUGUAAUGUUGGCGAAAAGUGUUGCAGUUCAUAUUGCUUUCCCGCGUGUACUAAAUCUUUGCCUGAAGUGGCCGAUCCGUGUGCUGCUGGAAUAUGCGGAAAAGGCUACGACUGUGAUGUAGAAAAGGGUGGAGUCAUUUGCAAGAUACGUUGGUCCGAUUUCUUGUCAGACCAAUGAGCACGUUGUGACUAAAUGGGAUAGUAUAUAUCAUAUAUUCCACGUGUUAGUCUGAUUACUGAAUUUGUUUCAAACAUGACUAAGUCUAAAGUAUACGCGUUUUGUAUGCGGGACGUUUAGAUAGACCAGAACUCGGUCAUUGGUAACUCGUGUUUGUGUAACUCGUUGACAACUAGUCUUUCACAACAAGCUUUUUAUGUUACCACAAACGGUUUACUGAACGCUGUAAUCUGUAUUUUGUGUAACAAUAACAAAUAUAGCUAGAG